AUGUUACACCCCAUUGUAACUGACAACACCACAGAGCACAGCACCAGUGUUACACCCCAUGUAACUGACAACACCACAGAGCACAGCACCAGUGUUACACCCCAUGUAACUCACACUACCACAGAGCACAGCACCAGUGUUACACCCCAUGUAACUGACAAUACCACAGAGCACAGCACCAGUGUUACACCCCCUGUAACACACAGUACCACAGAGCACAGCACUAAUGUUACCACUCACCCAACUUUUACACCCCUUGUAACUGACACCACCAAAGAGCCCAUUACUAGCAUCAGCCCUGGGAGCCAUCCUACCACCUCCACUGGCACUGAGACGAGCACCAGAGUGGUAGUGGAGACUUCAACCAGCGCUGGGGGCACCUCGGUCACAGUGGCACCCGACACACCUUUUUACAUCUCCUUCAAGAUCACCAAUAAGGAGUUCAAUUCUUCACUCACUGAAGUCCGUUCAGACUACUACAAGGCUUUAGAAAAUCAAAUUAUUCAAGGGUUGAAAGAAAUCUACGGCUGUAAUACUUGCCCUACUCACAAAACCUACAAAGAAUCAACAGUCCUGAGAUUCAGUAAAGGUUCUGUAGUCGCAGACACAAAAUCGAUUUUCAUGACAAAUGACAUCAGCACUACAACUGUUCAAAAGCAAUUUGAAAAUUCGCUAAUAAAUGGAGAUAUGUUGAACUCACUUCAACUGAGUCCAGAUUCUAUUAAAGUGGCUUUGACGGACGCCACGCCCCCCUCCAGUCAGCCUGGCAGCGAGGUCCCUGGCUGGGGGAUAGCCCUGCUGGUUCUUGCUGCUCUCAUCCUCCUCAUUCUCCUCAGCAUCCUGAUCCUGAUGAUAAGCUAUUGUUGUGUGAGGAGACGACGCGGUCAGUUCGAUGUCUUUGGGAUUGGAGGUUAUUAUUCCAUGAAUGACAGCGCUGGCUACCCCAUGUACUCCACUCACACACACUACGAAGUGCCCAACGGAGGGAGCUUCCCCAGCAACACAAACCAAAGAAACGGAGCGGGCUACACCAACAAAGCACUGGAAACCAACAACUUGUGAAGCGUGACAUCAACAAAGACCUUCCGACGUGUACACACACGCGCACACACACACGCACACGCUCACACACCUGGAUACAAACUCAAGACACCAGCUAUUGGAACAUUUCUCCUUCUCCCCCGUUAAAAAGAUCUUCUGAUGACAGCUCUGGGAUGUACAGAGAGCACUAGAUCUCGGGAUUCCUUUGUAAACGUCUUGAGAUUGGUGUGUGCGUGUGUGCGUGUGUCAUGUAAUGAUGUUUAAUCCUGAGCACGCAUAUUUCUGUGAAUUUACUACAUUAACUUUGGCAAUAGCGUGGCUAGCCAUGCCAAUAAACAUUUGCAUUUGAGAGGGAGACUUCUUUAAAAACUGUAUUCCUUUAAAAGACAAUGUUAAUUUAAACCAUAAAAUGUGCAAUAUAGCUAAUUUAAAAACUUUAUAUAUAUAUAUAUAUAUAUAUAUAUAUAUAUAUAUAUAUAUAUAUAUAUAUGAGCGAGAGAGUGUGAGAGAGAGAGAGAGACAGAGAGAGAUACCUCCUAAUGCAUUUUCUUAACUUUUGAUCCCUGAAGGUACAGUCCUACAAAUCUCUAUGUUAAGACUCCCAUAUUGGAGUUCUUAAUGUAACGAGAUGGGGGGAUGCCAAUGAUCGUGGAUCAGCUUGGGUACUGACUAUGAUAGAAGCAGAUCAAAUGGUACUAAAGCUAAGGGUAGAACACGGAUAAUCGAAAUUAGAGUAGAGUAUUUACUAGAGUAUUUAUUUUAAUAACCUCAAAGCCACCCUUAAAGCAGCUGCAGCUAAUAAAAUGAUUCCCAGAGCACUUCCAUGAGCGACACAGCUCUCAAAUGCACAGUAACGAAUGAAGCACAUGUUAGAGCAGCACAAGUCCCAUGCCUUAUUGUAGACUGGGCGGGACAGUUUUCCCCGGCUGGUGCCGGUUUUCCAAAACUUGGAAUCUGGAUAACAGUGAUCCUUACAUUUGUAAUCCUAUAUUUUGUGAUAAGAAAAUAAAUAAAUUCGUAACAGUAAUUAUUUGUAAUUUGAAUAAAUGUAACCCAGCGGUGUUCUGAAAAAACAGAUCAGAGCGAUCCAGGUAAAAGUAAUCUCGAUAACAAAACACAGAAUUGCAAAAUCCGGGUGGCUGUUAUCCAGAUUAGUAUGAAGUGCGUCACUAUCUGAAGAUAUGGCUUGAACCCGGUACCAGGUAACAUUACUGUAACAUUCAAAACGGCACCUUUGACACCCACAAGAAAGUGCCCCAGAUUUAUGGAAUCAUUUUGUUAGCUACACUGUAAAACAUAAAAGACAGGGGUAGCGAAAUAUUAAUAAUUAUAAAUGAUCUUUCAAUCGAGACAUGUGUAUUUUGUUAGCAAUUCGUUUCACAGUUAUUAUACUGUAACACUUUUCUUGUAUAAGAGAUAAUGUUGUUUGUGCUGAUAAGCUACAGCCUCACUGGAAUUGCAAAGAGUAUGGGUGAGAGGGCAUUCACUUUAUACAAUGAGAUAUUAUUAACAAUGGGUUUGAACGAUUUAAACAGGUUGAUAGAGUUCUCAAUAGGGAUGGACAAAUAAACUUUAUAAUGCCUCACUAGACUUUACAAUGCUUACCUAUCCUGUACAAUGCUUUCACUGUUUACCCUUGUAAAUGUGUGUUGAUACAAUUCUGGGUGAUUCCCCAGUGCUGUACAAUGCUCUAAAAAAAAUAUGCAGCUUAUCAGGUAGAAGCUGAUCAAAAAUCUAUUUAAUUUCCAUAUUUAUGAAAAUAUUGAGCUCUAUUUUAAAAUUCUAAGUUCUGGAAUUUUUGGCUAAAAAUGUUGGCCAGCUCUCCGUUAGAUGUUGACUUACAGAAAAUGGUUCUGAAAGGGUUGUAACCUUGUUGUUUUGUGCUUUGCACUUGUGUUCAUGUCCUUUCAGCUAUAUUCCAUGCUGCCACUGAGAGUGCUUAAGGCCCAGGAAUUCUCUUUGAUUUCAUCAUUUCAGAAAGUUGCUUUGAGUUGUUAUCUUUCAAUGCUCCACCAGCCCUAUAAUAUUCCAUAGUACACUACAGCAUUAUAUAGUAUUGAGCACUCUGCCCUCCAAUAAUGCAUGUAAUAUUAAUGCUGAAUAAUGCAGAAACACUGUUGAAGCACUACAGCCCAAACUCUUGUCUGCUUGACUCAGUCUCUUCUAGUUUCAAUCACACUGACGAAGGCACUAGAGCCCAAACGCUGGUCUGCCU